CAUCUCAGGCAGGCUAGAUCAAGCUGUGAUCUCUCUCUCUCUCUCUCUCUCUCUCUCUCGGCUGGAACUGAGGGCCGAAAUGGAAGAGCUGAAAUCGGCUGUGGGCGACCACAUGGACCUAAUGGCAGAUCUUAUCGAGAAGCUCAGUGCUGAGCUUCGCUCCGGGCUCCGACCGGCUUACGACAACUUUAUUGGCUUCUUCUACGCCAUUGAUUGGACGGAACCUUGGUUAAUAAGCGUGUUGGCGUUCCAUGCUGUGUUGCUAAUAGUAGUAAUCAUCUCAAGGAAGAAUAUCAACUUUCAGAUGUGUUUGUUUCUUCUUGCUUUGGCUGGUGUAUAUCUUGCCGAGACACUUAAUAGUGUUCUGAGAGACAACUGGAAAAGCUUUGCGGGCCAAAAUUAUUUUGAUACCCAUGGACUUUUUCUCUCAGUUCUUUGGUCGGGGCCUCUUCUCGUAAUUGCAAUGAUAAUAUUGGUCAACAUCCUAUUUUCCUUAUGUUAUCUAAUUGUCCGGUGGAAGAGAGCUGAGCUUCGACAUCGAGCAAGGCUUUUACAUAACAAGCAGGAUUGAUUUACUCCUACUUUGCUACUGAAGCAACCACCUUUGAGUUUGGAAGUCGACGUAUAUCCAGUGUAGAGUGAGUAGAGUCCAACUUAUAAGGCGGAACCUCAGAGUCAUUUCUUUAUGUCUUGAUUGUAGUAUCAACCACAUAUGGCUAUACAUUCCAUGGUUUUUGCUCCCUGAAAUUUUGAACUACACCGGUUGACAACAGAUUGAGCUAUACGCAUAAGCUUUACAUCCUCUUGUUCCUGUUCACUUCA